CCUCUCUCCAUUCGAGGACAAACUCGCGAGUUGAAAGCUCAUUGUUGAAAGAGGACACAAGUGCAAAAUGAUUCGAUUAUUUUCAUACCUUACGUUGUUUAUUUUGGUGAGUGUUCAAAAGAUGACAAAAGCUGAUGUCUUUGUACAAGCAUCGAACAGGGGAGCAACUCUGAAACCCAUAUCAGCUUGCUGUGAUAUACCUGAAUUAGGAGAUCUGAAACACUUAGCAGAAUGCUCAAAUCCGAGGCCUGUAGGACCGUGUAAAGAUGUGGAGUGUGUUUUCGAGAAAUCCGGUUUUCUAACUGACAAAAAUACUCUAAACAAGGAAGCGUAUAAGAAACACCUUCUAAAGUGGCUUGAAGACAACAAGGGAUGGACAGUAGCUAUAGAAAAAGUAAUCAAUGAUUGUGUUGAGAAAGAUCUUAGACAGUACCUCGAUUACCCUUGCAAAGCUUAUGAUGUGUUCGCGUGUACUGGGAUUGCAAUGCUAAAGAAAUGUCCCAAUGAGUUUUGGAAAUGCUGAUUGCUGAAUUUGAGAUGAAUUGUAUUUUGAUAUUAAGAACCAAAAAAUCGAA